UAUCCAAUCAUCUCCUCCUGAGUCCCGAUGUCCAAUAUGUUGGACAUCCAGAUUCAAGCCUAUUAUUAAUAUUGUAGUGAAUUUACGACAGUAAAUCCUUCGGUCCAACGUAUUGGAUGAAUUUACGAACGCGUUGCAUGCCCAGCUGUUUUGCUGUUAUGCCACAGUGCGCUGUUAUUUGUUUAUGAAAAUUUUGUUCAUGAUGGCCGCCUUUCGUCCUACAACUAUUGACUCGAUUUUCGGGACGAAAAAACGACUGAGAUUUGGAGUAGACGAUGAAAAAAUCGAACAACUUCUGGAUGCCGACUGUUCAGACUUAGAAUUAAAUGAUUUUUCUAAUGAUGGAGUUGAUUUCGAGAUUCAGCAAGAUAUCCAGGAAAUUGAGGACGCUCCUGAGGACAUUUUGUCUGAAGAAGAUUCUGAUGACGAGCCGCUAAGUGUGAUUAGAGAAAGGAUAACUACUGAACGGGUUUAUAACAGAAACCGCAUGAAUUGGAAAAUAUUGAAAAACUUUAUUCCACCAAACUUCGUGUUUGAAGAACCUGUUGACAACGUCGAAUCUCGCAGAGAUUGGAAAGUUCAGGACUAUUUAAAAAUGUAUCUGGAUGAUGAGAUUCUCCAGAAUAUUUGUGAUUGCACGAAUGUGAAAUUUUUGGAAGAGAAGGGAAAAUCAAUGAAUCUGAUAUUACCAGAAAUUAAAAAGUUUAUAGCUAUUACAAUUUUGAUGUCAUGUUUGAAAUAUCCCCAAGUAAGAAUGUACUGGGCAAAAACAACUUAAGUUAGUGCAAUAGCUACUGCAAUGACCAGGGAUCGAUAUUUCUUGAUUAGGAAUAACCUGAAAGUAGUGAUCGAUAACAAUGUCACUCCUCAAGAAAAAACGCUCGACCGCUUGUACAAGAUUCGUCCUCUAAUUGAUCGUAUUCGGAAGGGGUGUUUGAUGUU